GUGCUGCCGCCGUUGGCCAGCUCUUCUGCCUCCUCCUCCUCACGUCCAUGGCCGACUUCGCUGCUGCCCAACCUCCCCCAUUCUCCCUCUCCUUCUACGCCGACAACUGCCCGUGUGUGUUCGAAACGGUGCGCGCCUCCGUGAAGUCGGUCAUCAGCAAGGAGCCUCGCAUGGGAGCAUCCCUCAUUCGCCUCUUCUUCCAUGACUGCUUCGUCAACGGCUGUGAUGGAAGCAUCCUUUUGGAUGGUGACGACGGAGAGAAGACGGCAGCGCCCAACGUCAAUUCGGUUAGAGGGUAUGAGGUGAUCGAUGCCAUCAAGGGCCAACUCUCCACAGCCUGCGGCGGCAACGUAGUUUCCUGUUCGGACAUCAUCGCCAUUGUUGCCCGUGACUCUGUCGUAGAGUUGGGCGGACAAUCCUACCCUGUGCCGGUGGGGAGGAGAGAUUCAACAACAUCCAACAAGGACGGCGCUAACAGUGACAUUCCGGCCUUCUUCGAGGACUUGGAUGCCAUCAUCUCUAAAUUCGCCCGAAAGGGAUUCACGGCGAGGGAGAUGGUCGCCCUCUCGGGCGCCCACACUGUGGGUCAAGCUCAGUGCACAACGUUUCGACACCGCAUCUACAACGAGACCAACAUCGACCCCACGUUUGCAGCCAUGAGGCAGGCGAACUGCCCCAUGACUUCCGGCCAAGGAGACGGCAACUUGGCCCCGUUGGACCCCCAAAGCCCCAUCCUCUUCGACAACUACUACUUCCAGGCGUUGAUGAGCAAGAAAGGACUCCUCCACUCCGACCAAGUUCUCUUCAAUGGCGGUUCCACUGAUUCCAUAGUGACCUUAUACAGCAACGACUCGAUUGCGUUCCUUACCGACUUCGCCAAUGCCAUGGUGAAGAUGGGGAACCUUGGUGUGCUCACUGGAACCCAGGGCCAGGUUAGAGUUGACUGCAGGAGGGUCAACUAA